AUGCUGCAAUGCAUCAACAACAUCAACACCAGUCAAAAGUCAACAAAGACACGCGACCAUUCUCUUUUGCAGCAGCAGCAGCAGCAGCAGCAGCAGCAGCAUUUCUGCCCGGCUCAGAGCAGAGCAGCUCAAAGCAGAGAUGGAUCCAGCCGUGGACGAACUGCAGUCCAAUCCCCUCGACGAGGAAAUUGCGUCUCUCCAAAAACAAGGCAAGCAAAUCGCGUCAAAUCGCUUUGCGCAUCCCAUCGCAACACUCGCAUUCAUUCAUUCACUCACUCACUCCCAAAGCUAACCAUUACUAACGACGACAACAACAACACAGUCGCCCGCCUCCGCAAAACCAUCAAAAUCGAAUGCUCAACCAUCCUCUCCUCCCCCUCCAUCAAAGAAGCCCUCGUCUCCUCCCUAAACCCCCAGCCCUCCCCCAAAUCCGCCGCCCUCCGCCCUCGCAAGCCCCGAAAGUCCGUCGACCGCGACGAGCAGCUCCUCCUCGCCCGCUCCAAGCAGCAAGAGGCCUACAACCAGCAGUGCCUCUACCGCAUCUCCGCCUCCGUCACCGCCUUCAAGGUCCACGAUCCCGACCCCAAUGCCGUCGACGGCGGACACGUGCUCGGCCUGCGCUUCGAGGUCAUGACGCGCGGCCAGUUCCUGCAGCCUUACUACGUUAUGCUGAACCGCCCGUAUGCCAACAGUGGCAAGACCCUGCGCGUACAUCGCCACACCGUUCCGCCGGCAAUCCCGCUGCCGGGCCUGGCGGCGAGGCACUUGCCUGUGCCUAAGCAGCAGUUGGACAAGGACAGCUCAAUAGCCCCGCCCAAACAGGACCUUGAGGGAUUUGUAAAAUCCCUGAGGAGAGAGAUUAUGAGAUACCACAACAGGCUGGGCGUUUCAGCGGACCUGCGGCGCAGUCUAGGAGCCCACAGCCGGGCGGCGGCGGCAGAUGGGUCAUCGCUGCCUUCGAAUACCAUUGUCGACGUCAGCAUUGCGGACACCGAAGCGAAGCAAAUCCGGUUGACCUGGGCUGAUGAGCGAAAUGGCCGCCUGGUCAUGGACGACGAUGGUAAAGUGGUCAAGUUCAUGGUCUUUGGUGCAGAGGGGAGAGACUGGGAGACAACAAAACAGCUCACGGACAGUCAGGGGCGGGUCGAGGAUGUCGCCAAGAUGUUGGAAGAGUACGCGGCUGGGAGGGAAUCAUGA